AAUCUUGUAAUUUGUAAACACUAACAUGGCUGUUAUUGGCUUGGUGCUGUUUUUUAUCACAAUUUUUGUUAAAGUGACAACUGCUCAAAGUAAUGUUGCAAGUGAAUUUAAAGUUGGUUUUUUCAGGCAGUUCUCAUCAACAAGUCGUAUUGAUAUGAUAAUACUAACAGAAAGCAUAUCUCCAGUUCAGUUCAGUAUCUCAUCUCUUAAUGGAUCCAUUCACAAUGGAACUACUACAAGAGAUACUCCUGCUAUUGUGACUUUACCAUCAACUCUACAGGUUCGUGAGACUACCUAUGAUUAUCGUCAACUUGGUCUCCUUGUUACAUCACCUCCUGAUAAACCUAUCUCUGUUGUAUUGGUUGGAUGGACAAUAGACCCUCGUUCAACAUACCUUGCACUUCCAUGCAUUGAAUACAUUGAACAUCAACCUGAUCAGGAAUAUAUUUAUUAUGGUAUAUCAAAUGAUCACAAGAAAGCUAAUACUCCCUUGUCCGACUAUUAUAGCCAAAUACUUCUUGUUGGUUGUAGAGGCAAUACUACAGUGACUAUCACUCCUACUCAUGAUGUACAAUUACCUGAUAAUCCUCAAUCAUCUACCAGUUCUACUAUCAAUGUUGCUGCUGGAUCAAGUCAUACCAUCACACUUCAUUCAUUGCAGACUUUAUUGAUAGGUGCACCUAAUGUUGAUCUCAGUGGAACAAAAAUUGUCUCUAAUUACCCACUGACUGUUGUAGGGGGGCACGACUGCACUAGAGUCCAAGGCGAUACUGUUGCUUGUGAUCCUAUCAGUACUCAGAUACCACCUACUAUCAAUUGGGGAACACAGUUUCUUCUUACUCCACUCUACGAUCUUGCUGCUGGACAACAGUUCAAAGUAUUAGCAUCCGAUGAUGACACUGAGCUAAAUGUAACCUGUGACAAUUAUUCUAUUAAUGAAUACUUAGAGAACGAAGGUAACUUUACAACGAUUAAUAUCGAGUCAGGGAAAUUUUGUACUUUAGUGUGUAGUGAACCUUGCUAUGUUGCUGAACUGGCAUUUAGUCGUCAUUAUUUUCCAGAUUUUAAUGGCGAUCCUUUAUUAAUGACAGUUCCACCCAUCAGUCAGUAUCCCCACUCUGUUACAUUCACUACACUACCUGAUGUGCCAACUAAUUUCUAUAGUAUAGCAGUACCUGCUGAUUCUUAUUUCGAUUGUGAUAUAAUCAUUAAUGGUGUUCUUACCACAUUAAACUGGACACCAAUCAGAGAUACUAAUGGAGUUAUCACUGGAUAUGGAUACAAUACUACAGCCAGUGGUUCCUAUACUAUUGCUCAUAGUAAUCCUAAUGGCAGGAUAUAUGUAAACGCUUAUGGAUUUGAUAAGUUUGGAGGAUAUGGCUACAUAACAGGAACAUUAUUACAACAAUAUGACAAUGAUUCCCACUUUGUUUUGUCUGCUAGACUAUAUACUCCUUCAUCAUUUAAUUGUUCAACUGUUGAAAGGACAACCACACCAACUGGUAAUGAGAUUAAUGGAGCCAAAAUACCUCUCAUUAUAAGUGGUGGGGCUAUUACCAUUGCCAUUUGUGUAGUCUGUGCUAUAACCUUUGGAAUACUAGUGAUACAUAGAAAAUAUCACAAAACAGAUUCAGUACAAGAGCCUAUAUACGAUACAAUAACUGAUGGGCCAAUCUACAUACAGAUUCUUCCAAGUAAACCAAAACCUCGUCCUGGUCAUCAAAUUUAA